CUUUUUCUGUUUUUAAAGAUCUAAUGACAGAUCAAUAUUAUUCGAAUGCUAAUGAUGAAAAUGAAAGUAAAAUUAAAAUCUACGUUCAAGCUACAUAUUAUUCAGCACUUUGUUAUUUUCAUGGACGUGGUGUAAAACAAAAUAAAGAUUAUGCUUUAAGCAUCACAAAUAAUUUAAAAGAUAGUGAAGCUGUUUGCAAUAUUUAUCAAGAACUGAUUGAAGUUGAUGAGUUAAAAUUGACAGCAUUAAUUAAGAUGGCAAAAUGCUAUAACAAAGCAAUUAUUAAAAGAGAAAAUCUAGCUUUUAAAAUAGCAUUAGAACUUUAUAGUAAAAAAAAAUAUAAAGAGUCAUUUGAUAUUUUUUCCAAACUUAGUUCUUGUAAUAAUGAUGAAAUUAAAUUUCUUGCCACAUGUUUUAUAAUAUCUUUCUAUAUUUCUGGAUAUAAUAAUAUCAAAAAUAUGCAUCUGGGCUGA